CCUCCGGUCCACCGCCCGCUAUGCCUGCCUCUGCCGAGUGCCAAGUGCGCGAAUUCACCUAAGAUAAACAACUGCAGCUGCUGAAUUUCUGUGUAAUUUCACAAAGAAGAGAGAACUGUUGCUGUUAUUUUGAUUAGGACCAAAGCGUUUUUACCGGAGAAUGGAGAAGUUCCUGCCGCGAGUCGUUUGCUUUGUCUUCAUUUUCUGCGGAGUUUGUGCUGCAAUUCAAGCACCUUUGGACACCAUGGUCAGCGUCACUCCCGCACCCAUGCUCCCUGCCAAUAACGAUGACCCCGACUUCAGACACGCCAUCAAAAACGUGACCGUCCCUGUCGGCAGGGAGGCAAUUCUAGCCUGCUCUGUCACAGAACUUGGGCAUUAUAAGGUUGGUUGGAUGCGAGCAGAGGACCAGACCAUCCUUACACUGCACACCAAGGUGGUGACGCACAACUCUCGCAUCUCCGUGACCCACGACAACCAGCGCACGUGGAACCUGCACAUCCGGCAAGUGAAGGAGGCCGACCGCGGCUGUUACAUGUGCCAAAUCAACACCAGCGUGAUGAAGAAGCAAAUCGGCUGUGUCGACGUGCACGUUCCACCGGACAUCAAGGAUGACCAGACGAGUUCGGACGUCACAGUGCAAGAGGGCGAGAACGCGACCCUCACUUGCAAAGCGACCGGCCAUCCAUCACCACGCAUCCUGUGGCGCAGGGAGGACGGCGAGAGCUUGCUGAUCAAGAAGGGCGCCUCCAGAGGUGAGCUGAUGGACACCUUCGGCGGCGACACUCUGCAACUGUUCAAGCUGGAGCGUCGGCAAAUGGGCGCCUACUUGUGCAUCGCCUCCAACGACGUCCCGCCGGCAGUCAGCAAGCGGAUUACGCUCAAUGUAAACUUCGCUCCAGUAAUCAAAGUGACUAACCAGCUGCUUGGGGCGCCCCUCGGCACAGAUGUCAACCUCGAUUGCUUCAUCGAAGCCUUCCCCAACGCCAUCAAUUACUGGUCAAAGAACAGAGGCGAAAUGCUGAUGGACGGGAAGAGAUAUGUUGUGGACGAAAUUAAGAAAUCUUAUACUAUUCACUUCAAGCUGACCAUCAGGAACUUCAGUAAAAGGGAUAUUGGCACCUACACUUGUGUGUCCACCAACUCAAUGGGAAAGGCUGAGGGGACUAUUCGAUUAUACGAAAUCAAAGUGCCGACGCGACCACCCGUAAUUACGACCGAGCCUCCAGUCAUUACAACGCCAACGACGACCACGCCCCAGCCAACAACGAGCACCACCACACGCCGGCCGACGAGGGCACCCAAGAUCAAAGAGAUCUACUACCUUGCCACCACGUUUGCGCCUCCGCUUUUGGCUCACGAGGCCGAGGUGCUGCUCGGGCGCGACGCCAAAGACGUGACCGCCGACGCGAGCAGGGCUGCGGCGCACAGGGUGGCGGCCACGUGUCCAUCCCUUCUCUUCGCCCUCGUCGUCGUGAUGAUGUUGUUAAUGAGUGCGGCCGCGAGAUGACAUUGUGAAAAGUAACGAGACUGACGCGCAAGAGAAGAUGAAAGAGAGAAAGAAAGAAAAGUGAUUUACCUCAAAAAAAUAAAUAAAUUUCAAAUAGCAAAAGUGAGAAAGAGAGUGCAACGUGGAAACUGUCACAAACUUGUUGGUUAAUUGUAACGAAAAAAUAAAAUUACACGCAGAAUAACGGUGGAAAUUAUGCGGAUGAUGCUCAUUCCGAUUUUUGUCUCAAUUUUUUUAUUGGUGCCAAAAUGUUGCGUGCGAGAUUCAAGAUGAGGAAUUGUCGUGUUUCUAGAUUCUGUGCAGAUUUCUGUUCCAUUUCAGAAGUUUCAAAACUCAAAACAUAUCUCAAGGCUAUAUCCAAAUUCAUUAAACGUUAAGACACACUCAGCUAUCAAAGUAGAAACGCAUUUAAGAGAAUUUUUAAAAUCAUGCAGAAAAUUAUUUCUUUGGGAGACAACGAACGUUUCUAUAAAACCUCUAUUAAUAUGCAAUGUACAUACAUAAUCAAAAUAACUAGAUGUUAAUAAAAACACACACUUUUGCCAGUGGAAUCCAAGGAAGUAAUUUUCGCGAUUGGAUGAAAAUAAAUAAUUAUUUUUUGCCUGCUUCUUUCAAGGUGCUGCUGAUUUUGCAACCACUACUAAUUUAUUGAGUGCUGUUUUUGUUAAAGACUGUGAUGUAAUGAUAAACAUGAGAAUCUAUAAUUGAUUAAGAAACUAAAUUAAAUUGGGAAUAAAUGAACCAUUCAAUGUGUUACUUUGCAGAGAUGACAUUUCAUUUUUUGUGGGUUGAAAAUUGAUAACAUGAACAACUGUAAAAUAUUUUCUUUGGUUGUUUUAAACGUGCUGUAGACAAACAUACAAACAAAUAAUGAUGAUUUUUCAAACCUCAACUAGUCCCAAAUGGAAUUAAAUUGUUGUGUAUUUUAUAAAAAUGCUGCAGGUUGUGAAUAAAUGGAGCGA